UCCCACAUUUUUUUGUGAAUUCAGUUGUAAACUCUAGAAAACCUCGCCCAUCCUAGAUCAAUAAUUCCCUUUCCCAUGCAUAUAAAUACCUCCAAUUGUCUUCUCAUAUUACUCUCAACUUUUCAUCUUUCUUGCAAAAUGAGAAAUUUCAGUUUUGCAAUUUUCCUCAUUACUACCAUAACAUGCAUUGCUCUUCCACAUUUUCAUGGAAGAUUAGCCAUGGCUACAUGCACCCAAGAUGGAUCAGAGCGUUGGGGUUAUGUUCAAGUCAGACCCGGGGCACACAUGUUCUGGUGGCACUACAAAAGUCCAUACAGAGUUCAUGAUCCAAAAAAGCCAUGGCCAAUUAUACUUUGGUUGCAAGGUGGACCAGGUGGUUCAGGGGUUGGAAUAGGAAACUUUGGUGAGGUGGGGCCAUUGGAUCGUAAUUUGAACCCAAGAAACUUCACAUGGCUCAGAAAGGCGGAUCUUUUAUUUGUGGAUAAUCCAGUUGGGACAGGAUACAGUUUUGUGGAGGAAGAAAAAUUAUUGGUGAAAACUGAUGAAGAAGCUGCUAAGGAUUUAACUACAUUGUUAAUUAAAUUAUUUAACAGAAAUAAAAGCCUACAAAGAAGCCCUCUUUAUAUUGUGGCAGAAUCUUAUGGUGGGAAAUAUGCUGUCACUCUUGGAUUAUCAGCUCUAAAAGAGAUUAAGGCUGGGAGAUUAAAGCUCAAACUUGGAGGAAUUGCAUUGGGAAAUAGUUGGAUGUCACCAGUAGAUUUUGUGGUUUCAUGGGCUCCUCUGCUGAAAGAUUUUUCAAGAAUAGACAAUAGUGGUCUAAAGACAUCAACAAGACUAGUUGAAGAUAUAAAGGAACAAAUAGCAAAUGGACAAAUGAAAGAGGCCACUAAAACAUGGGGUGAACUUGAAAUGGUGAUCAUGAACAGCAGUAACUAUAUUGAUUUCUACAACAUUAUGCGGGAUGCCGGGAGUCCUCCGGUGUCAAUGACAACGAAUGAGCUAUCGAGAAAAACUACAGUCAAUAGCUACUCAAGAAAUCUUGACUCUUUGAGGGUUUUACCGGGUUUAGUUGAGGAUUUAAAGCCUUUAAUGAAUGGUGUAGUGAAAGAGAAAUUAAAGAUUCCAAAGAAUGUUAAUUGGGCAGAACAAGGAGAUCUUGUUUUCGAGUACUUUUCAGGCGAUUUCAUGACACCGAGGAUUAACGAGGUUGAUCAACUCUUGGAUGCGGGAGUUCAAGUGACAAUAUAUAAUGGUCAACUUGAUCUCAUAUGUUCAACCAAGGGAGCUGAAGCAUGGGUUGAAAAGCUCAAGUGGAAGGGGUUAAAGACAUUCUUGGACAUGGAUAGAACUCCGGCUUAUUGUGGAGAUGACAUGGAAACAAAGGCGUUCAGAAAGUCCUACAAAAAUCUUCAUUUUUAUUGGAUCCUUAAAGCCGGUCAUUUUGUACCGGUAGAUCAACCAUGUAUAUCACUGGACAUGGUGGGCAACAUAACUCGGUCCCCAGCUAGAUGAUGAAGGAAAGAAGAAAACGAAUAACGAAAGAUUUAGUAAGAGAGAAUGUUAAGAGUAGUAGAGCAUAAGUGUACUCUUUGUUUGAAAAUAUCUAGUUAUUGGUAUUAUUUUGAAAUUAGUGUAUUCUUUAAGGUUUUAUUAAGGUACUCUUCAACUAA